AUGUCAGUGUUAAAUAACUUUUCCGUGUCCAUUGCAAAGGGAUUACGUCGCCUACGACAGAACAAAGAGUUAUGCGAGCGAUUAAUGCCGGAAUCUUCAACACGCCGACACGGCUCCAAAGAAGGGAGUACGCGGCUAAAGAUGGACAAAUGCCUCAUCGUGUCGAAGGUUACCAGAUAUGAGUACGAAAGACACAGCCACGACUACGUGUCUGACGGAGAAUUGGAGAAGAUACUCAGACAGCGCGGCUCCGACUUCGACACGAUGCUGACGAACCACAGGGAGCAGAAAGCGUUCGAGGAGGGUGUGGCGACGAGAUUGCGAGAAAUGGGUCAUCAAGUCGAGAUGGCUAGCAGGUUAAGUUACAACGACGAAUUAAUCAAUUGGUGCGACGUGGUCGUGCCCUGUGGCGGAGACGGGACGUUCCUACUCGCCGCCUCCAGGGUCAGAGACGCCAACAAACCAGUAAUCGGUUUCAACAGCGCUCCCCACAAGUCAGUGGGACGCCUCUGUUUGCCCACUUGGUGUUCGAACGAUGUGAAGGGUGCGUUCAACGCGCUAAAAGAGGGCAGGUUCAGAUGGAUGCGCCGUUCCAGGAUACGCACCACGAUAACCUGCGAGCCGAAACUCCUGGACACCAUCACGCCAGUGGACCUUCACACGCUGCAUUACUGCAGGUAUCCCCCGAUGUCUAACAUACAUGAAACCCAAGACGCCCAGUCGAAGGACCAGGAACAGAUCAAAGCGAGUAGAAGCACCACUUUGUCCACCAAGGUUUUACCGUUUCUUGCACUUAACGAGGUGUUUAUCGGCGAGAGCGUGACGUCGCGCGUUUCGCUGCUCCGGCUGCAAAUAGACAACGGCCAGUGGACGCAUACGAAGAGUUCCGGCCUGUGUGUCACCACUGGCACCGGUAGCACGUCGUGGCAUUUCAGCAUCAACUGUCUGCGGACGCACUCGGUGCUGGAGCUGAUGAAGAUCCUCGGCGAGGAGUUCGACGUGAAGCUGGAGAGCACAAUUGAGAAAGCGAGGGAAGUGGCCGAGAGGUACAACCAGAAACUGAUGUUCGCGCCAGACUCUGAGCAGCUCGCGUACUCCGUGCGGGAGUACAUAACGUUCGAGGAGUGGCCGGCGCCGCGUGGCCUGAGAGUCCGCGAUAGAGCCGCCGCUGUGCGCGUCCGCUCUCAUUGCACUGACGCUGGGUUGGUCAUCGACGGCAGCGUAUCGUUCCCAUUCAACGACGGAACCCAAGCCGUGCUUGAGAUACACCCAGAGGACUCCCUGAUGACGCAACAGACUAUACUUUUCUACGAGUUUCAGAUGUUUCCAUCA